UCUCGUGGAAGUUGCAUCAUGAAGUGUCGCCCUGUGGACGUUUUAAACCAAUGUCGGGACUCAUCGAUUUAAAAACACGACAUGACGAUACGAAAUGACGUCACCUAGGACCGCAGAGGCUGCCGGGAGAUCCUCGGUCGAGGAGAAGACAUUUUGGAUCUAAAGGGGCUUGUGACGGUCCUCCCUGUGGCUCUUGGUGUGUCCCCGAGCUCGCCGCUAGAAGAUGUCCGCCAUGGUGUACCCACGAGAGGAGAAGCUGGAGAAGCUCUCCCAGGAGGAGAUCAUCUCCAACACCAAGCUGGUGAUCCAGGGGCUGGAGGCGCUGAAGAACGAGCACAACUCCAUCCUGCACAGCCUGCUGGAGACCAUCAAGUGUCUGAAGAAGGACGAGGAGGCCAACCUGGUGCACGAGAAGUCCAACCUGCUGCGCAAGUCGGUGGAGAUGAUCGAGCUGGGGCUGGGAGAGGCGCAGGUGAUGAUGGCGCUGUCCAACCACCUGAACGCGGUGGAGUCGGAGAAGCAGAAGCUGCGGGCCCAGGUGCGCCGGCUGUGCCAGGAGAACCAGUGGCUGCGGGACGAGCUGGCCAACACGCAGCAGAAGCUGCAGAAGAGCGAGCAGAGCGUGGCCCAGCUGGAGGAGGAGAAGAAGCACCUGGAGUUCAUGAACCAGCUCAAGAAGUACGACGAGGACGUGUCGCCCACACAAGAGGAGAAGGAUGGAGAGACCCCCAAGGACAACCUGGACGACCUCUUCCCUAAUGACGAGGAGGAACAGGGCCAAGGCAUGCCCCACCAGCACAACAGCGCGGCGGUGGCGGCGGCCCAGCAGGGGGGCUACGAGAUCCCGGCGCGGCUGCGGACCCUCCACAACCUGGUGAUCCAGUACGCGUCGCAGGGCCGCUACGAGGUGGCCGUGCCCCUCUGCAAGCAGGCCCUGGAGGACCUGGAGAAGACGUCGGGCCACGACCACCCCGACGUGGCCACCAUGCUCAACAUCCUGGCCCUGGUCUACAGGGACCAGAACAAAUACAAGGAGGCCGCCCACCUGCUCAACGACGCCCUGUCCAUCCGCGAGAAGACCCUGGGCAAGGACCACCCCGCUGUUGCGGCCACCUUGAACAACCUGGCCGUGCUGUACGGCAAGAGGGGCAAAUACAAGGAGGCCGAGCCGCUCUGCAAGAGGGCCCUGGAGAUCAGAGAAAAGGUUCUGGGGAAGGACCACCCGGACGUGGCCAAGCAGCUCAACAACCUGGCACUGCUGUGCCAGAACCAGGGCAAGUACGAGGAGGUGGAGUACUACUACUGCCGCGCCCUGGAGAUCUACGAGCACCGGCUGGGCCCCGACGACCCCAACGUGGCCAAGACCAAGAACAACCUGGCCUCCUGCUUCCUCAAGCAGGGGAAGUACAAGGAGGCUGAGAUCCUGUACAAAGAGAUCCUGACGCGGGCCCACGAGAAGGAGUUUGGCUCCGUCGAUGCUGAGAACAAGCCCAUCUGGAUGCACGCAGAAGAGCGGGAGGAGAUGAGCAAGGGCAAGCACAGAGAUAACACUCCCUAUGGGGAGUACGGCGGCUGGUACAAGGCCUGCAAGGUCAACAGCCCUACGGUGAACACCACCCUGAGGAACCUGGGAGCGCUGUACCGCCGGCAGGGCAAGCUGGAGGCCGCGGAGACUCUGGAGGAGUGUGCCCUGAGGUCUCGCAAGCAGAGCAAUACAGGCAUCGACCCCAUCCACCAGACUCGAGUGGUGGAGAUCCUGAAGGACGGCGAGGGCGACCGGCGGAGGAGCCGGGACAGCCUGUCCAGCGUUAAGUACGAGACCGGCUCCGAGACCGGCGAGGAAGCCUAAGCCAUGGAUAUCACUGCUCCGUCCCUCUCUCACCACAACAGCAGAAGGCUGUGUGCUGUCCUUCCCUCUGGCCUGAUCUCUCUCUCUGUCUAUCUCUCUCUUCUCUCUCCUCUCACUCUCUCUCCUUUCUCUCUCUCUCCUUUCUCUCUCUCUCUCUCUCUCUCUCUCUCUCUCUCUCUCCCCUCAAUCGCUCCCCAUCGACUGAGCAGCACCUCCUCAUCAACGCUCACCGGUUUCUUCGGCCGAGACGCAGAGCCGCUUCCUCCUCCCCCCGCCCCAGAGCUCCUCCCACUUAGUUGUCACCUCUGUUUACUGUACUGUGAUUGGUCGCCUCCUCCCCCCCUCCUCCUCCUCCUCCUUUCUCAUAUCUUUAUUGGAUUUCUCUCUCUCUCUCCUCACUAACCGUGUUUAUUCCACCCGGAACUCCUCCUUUUCUUCUUCUUCUAUCUGUCUCUGUCUCUGUGAUGGUUUUGACAGCUCAGCACGAGUGUAGAUUUAACGAGGAACUCACAACACACUUUCCUCCUCACACCGCUCAUUUGUGAUUGUUCAUGUGCGUGUAGCUACGGUGUAUUGGACUAAAUGCGGGACCGGGCGUUAGUGUUAUGAUAUCCCCCCCCCCCCUCCUCGGUUUAGUUCUGAACUUAGCAACGCUUCACUUCCUCUCUGCCGCUGCGAGGGACAGUAUUCUUUGAUAGCGCUAUCAAAAGCCACCGUCGCUUGCAGCUGAGUGGAUGGUUUGUGACAGUCGGGCAUCGGCCUCAUUGUGCGUUUGUGUUGUCGUCAUGGUUGUUGUUGUUGUCGUUAGCCCCGAGCCGUUCCUGAGCAUCGUUAGCUGUCAUCCGCUAUUGCGAAGGGCGAGGGAAGGCACACGGGGUCCCCUAAUUAGCUUUGAUCAUAGUGCCUGUAUUUAGCCAUGAGCUGUUUUCGUGUAGUCGUUACAUGAUUUAUUUUGACUUGUUGCCUUUGUUUUUAUAUAGCUUUGAUUGCAAGGUUAUUUUAAUUUAUGCAAAAACAUCUAAAUGUCUAUCUACCAGAGGUACUGUAUAGUUGCGAUGUCCCCUCCCUGUGUUCAGACAGAGUCCCCCCCCCCCCCCCCCCCCCCCCAGAGGAGGGGGUGAAGGGGGCCUUCUGCGUUCCCCCUCCACCUGGCAUUUUUAAUAUUUAGGUUUUUAACAAAUAUAUUUCCUAUUUGAGUUCAUUUUAUGUAAUUUCAUUUGUUUACAUUUUUUUAUGCAUUUUUAUUUUUUCAAUUUGAAAAGGCUGAUCUGUAUAAAGGCAGUGAUGUUCAUGCAUCAUGACUACCAUCACCGGGUCUAGAACGACCUCGGUGUCCUGGCUGGCUUCAACGAGGCAGUGUGCCAUUGCCAUGGUUAUUUAUUGUGAUCGGUUCUCUUGGCGCAUGUUAAGCCACUGCUACUAUUCAUUCGGCGUGCAGAGUCGACUGUCAGGAUCAGAUUUGGUUAGACGCAAUGACUGUUGAGUAUGGAGGGCAUCGUUAUUUGUGUGUGUGUGUGUGUGUGUGUGUGUGUGUGUGUGUGUGUGGUUGCAUCAUGCAAUGCAAAUCCACACCGUGGACUGGAUGUGGCCUUUUGACCUGUUGGUUGGUGUUAGAGUAGAGAGGCAAGUCGAUCAGGUGGUUGAAAAGUCUGGAUUCCAUGGUAGUAUUAGUGCAUAUUUGUGUGAGUGUGUGUUAUGAAUAUGGGUAACCUUUUUUUUUAACACAAAAGCUUAGUGGGUCCUUAGUAUGUUGCCUUUUUUUUUUAGAGCUUUUUCGUUUUUGCACAAUUGAUUUCCAAGCGCUUCGGUGACGCCUCUGUUUGGACUUGCUCAGAUCAGCAUUGGUGUGUAGUGUUUAGCUUACCUCCAGGUCAAAUCAUUUCAGAGGUCCUCCUUCUUACCCAACGUCCCUCAUAACACACAGAAAGUGUAAACGUAGGCUGGCUCUAUUUAAACGUUCAACCACGACCAGUGCGUUCAUGCUACAGCUUUCCGCUAGGCUAACCUUGUCUUGACCCCCCCCCGCACCUCUCUCAUUCACCGUCGCAAGUAGGCUUUGUACUAACGCCGCUCCGAACAAGAGAGUAGAAACUGUGCACCACGUUAUUAUGAGAAUGUCGUGUUAGUGGAAUGCUGAUUAUUUAUUGAUACCGUCGGUCCUCGACAUAUAAAAGUUAUACAGUCACUUUCAUAACUCAAAAGAAGCUAUGUGGUCGGUCUAUAUACACUAUCUAGUAAGUAGGUCUACGUUAUAUUUGCCAUUCUGCAUUGUGAUGAUUAUUGCAUCAACACUUGUUGGUAUUCUAAAAUAAAGUUUUUCAUUUGUGAAGA